AUGGCUUUAAACAAUGACGCAAUUGAUUAUGAUCCUUUACCAGUGGAGGAAAAGCAUAAAGUAGAUCUAAACGAGAUCAAACAACGAUUUUAUGAUGAAAAACGAGACCCAUUCAUUGAAAUCAUACAUUUUCAAACAUCUAUUGAACGAAAACCAACAGAAAUCGACGAGUCAUCACUACGCGUUCUCAAAUAUAAAUCUCCAUCGUUUAUUGCAACGGCUACAUUUCGUUUUCCAUCAAUACAUACAAACGAAUGUUGGAAAGUUGGCUUUAUUCAAGCAUGUGAUCAUAUGAUUUUUCAUAAUGAAUAUGGAAAUCUUGGCUAUUCAUCAUGGGAAUUUCCACAAUUGAUCGAUCGUAAUGUUUCAAUGAUAAAUGACAGUUGUGGACGGAACUAUCCGUGGUAUGGAUCGAAAAAUCAAGUAGUAACGAUUCAAGGACCGAUCCAUCGAUCAACUGAAUACACGAUUAGUAUGCGUGAUUUAUUUGUACCGUGGAUUCCAUGGGAUAUUCCGACGUACGAAGGUGAACAAUGUCGUUUGACACAUGUUUAUCGACAUCAACGCUUCUAUGUUUGGUUAUGUGCGAUGAACUGUACAAAGAAUGAAUUAUUAAUUAUGCGAACGUUGCGUUGGUCGCAAACAAUUGAAAUUAGUGUUGAACCGAGUUUGAAUCGAGGAAAACGAGCAACUCUGAUCAGCAAUUCUCAGCCAGAUCAACCGAUACUUCUUAAAAGAAAUCUCCUGAUUCCUUCUUGUGCUUUACAAGAACCAUCAGCAAAUAAUGCACAAUUAUUGAUUUGGAGACCAACUGACGGCUAUCCGAUUAUCGUCGUUCAUCCGAAACAUCGCGAUUCAGGCACAACUAAAUAUCUAUAUCAGCAUUAUGCGAAAACGACGCUUUCAAUAUUCGAUUUGUUUUAUUUUGUCGCCAAUUCGACUCUUGUUUAUAUGACCUCUUUUUAUCAUGAUUAUUGA